CAGCGAGCGCCUCCGCUUCAGCGCUUCUCGACGGCGCGGCCUCAGGUCCGCGUCCCUCCGUCCCUCCCGGGGUGGACGCGGCCUUGCUGUCCCGACGGGAUUCCUCCGGCCCGCACCGCUCAACGGCCAGAGAUCUAUUCUAGGUUUCUCAGCCACCAGCCCUCGGACCAGGGGCAUUUAUCCGUGGGGCGGCCGGCGGAGCGACGUGAGAGCCCGGGGCCUCUAGAGGCGGCAGCCACAGCGCCUCCGGAGCCGGAGCGGGCGUAGCCCGGAGCUCACCUCCCCUCGGGGGGUCGCGCCGCCUCACGGCGAGGGCGGCGUCGCUCGCGCGGCGGGGACUUGUCGGCUCUCGGGCCGGGAGAGCGCAAAUCUCCUCCCCCGAAAUUCCCCGGAAGCGCGGCGCGGCCGAGGCGAGCGCGGCGAUGUGAGGGGAGGCGGCCGGCGGCUCCCUCCUCAGGAAGGGCAUGUUCGGAGGGGCGGCCGCGGUGCGCUGCCCGCCCCACCGCCCCCUCCCCGCCGCCGCCGCCGCCGCCGCCGCCGCCGCCGCCGCCGCCGCGCCCGCACCGCGAUAAAAGGGGCGGCCGCACUUCCUGACGGGAGACCCGCGCUCGCCGCCGCCGCCCGCCCAGGCGGCGAUGACACGGCGCACGCGGCGGCCCCGAGGCGCCGGGCGGGCCGUUUACUGACCGGAUCGCGGCUGCCCGCCAGCGUGUCCGCGGCGCUGCCGCCAGCAUGGGCUGCGCCCCGAGCAUCCACAUUUCCGAGAGCCGGGGGGUGUACCCCGGCGGCAAGGAGGCCGAGGACGUGCCGGGCCCCGCGGCGCCGCCGCUCGCGCCCGGCGGGCCGAGCCUCCCACCCGGCCAGAAGACGGCCGCCUCGACCCGGGCCCCCGGCUCCAGCCUCGCAGAGUCCGAGCCUCGCGGAGGCAGCGGCAGCAAGGUAGCAGUAGCUGAUGUGCAAUUUGGCCCCAUGAGAUUUCAUCCAGAUCAACUCCAGGUACUUUUAGUGUUUACCAAAGAAGAUAACCAGUGUAAUGGAUUCUGCAGGGCGUGUGAAAAAGCAGGGUUUAUGUGUACAGUUACCAAGGAGGCUCAGACUGCCCUCGCCUGUUUCCUGGACAAACACCAUGACAUCAUCAUCAUAGACCACAGAAAUUCCCGACAUCUGGAUGCUGAGGCACUGUGCAGGUCUAUCAGAUCAUCAAAACUCUCAGAAAACACCGUUAUUAUUGGUGUAGUACGCAGGGUGGAUAGAGAAGAGUCAUGUGUAAUGUCCCUCAUUGCUGCUGGCUUCACAAGGAGGUAUAUAGAAAACCCCAGCCCCAUGGCCUGUUACAAUGAACUGCUCCAGCUGGAGUUUGGAGAGGUGCGCUCACAGCUGAAACUCAGGGCUUGUAACUCAAUGUUUGCUGCAUUAGAGAAAAGUCAAGAAGCAAUUGAAAUUACAAGUGAAGACCACAUUAUCCAGUAUGCAAAUCCAGCAUUCGAAACAACAAUGGGCUAUCAGUCAGGCGAGUUAAUAGGGAAGGAGAUAGCAGAAGUGCCUAUAAAUGAAAAAAAGGCUGAUUUGCUCGAUACUAUAAAUUCAUGCAAGGAAUGGCAAGGAAUUUACUCUGUCAGGAAGAAAAAUGGAGAUAACGUACAACAAAAUGUGAAGAUAAUACCUGUCAUUGGACAGGGAGGAAAAAUUAGACACUAUGUGUCCAUUAUCAGAGUGUGCAAUGGCAACAAUAAGGCGGAGAAGAUAGCUGAAAGUGUUCAGACUGACAGUUACACAGAUAAUCAGUCAGGCAAACAUAAAGACAGGAGAAAAAGCUCCCUAGAUGUCAAAACUGUUGCCUCUCGAACAAAUGAAGUUUCCAGCCAGAGACGACACUCUUCCAUGGCCCGGAUUCAUUCCAUGACGAUCGAGGCACCCAUCACCAAGGUCAUCAAUAUCAUCAAUGCUGCCCAGGAAAGCAGUCCCAUGCCUGUGACAGAAGCCUUAGACCGUGUGCUGGAAAUUCUAAGAACCACUGAAUUAUAUUCACCCCAGUUCGGUGCUAAGGACGAUGAUCCUCACGCCAACGACCUCGUCGGGGGCCUGGUGUCUGAUGGUUUGCGAAGAUUAUCUGGAAAUGAAUAUGUUCUUUCAACAAAAAACCUUCAGCAGGUUCCCAGCAGCAUCAUCGUCCCCGUCUCCCUUCACGAUGUCCCAUCACAGAUAACUCGGGCCAUGGAAAAGGAGGAACACUGGGACUUCAAUAUUUUUGAACUGGAGGCUGCCACUCAUAAAAGGCCUUUGAUUUACCUUGGUCUCAAAGUGUUCGCUCGCUUCGGAGUCUGUGAAUUCUUAAAAUGCCCCGAGGUGACACUGAGAUCCUGGUUACAGAUGAUUGAAGCCAAUUAUCACGCUUCCAACCCCUACCACAACUCCACACACUCCGCUGAUGUGCUGCAUGCCACUGCCUACUUUCUGUGCAAAGAGAGGGUCAAGCAAACUUUAGACCCACUUGAUGAGGUCGCUGCGCUCAUCGCAGCCACUAUCCACGAUGUGGACCACCCCGGGAGGACCAACUCCUUCCUGUGCAAUGCCGGGAGCGAGCUGGCCAUUCUGUACAACGACAUGGCUGUGCUGGAGCACCACCAUGCGGCCUUGGCCUUCCAACUGACCACCAGCGAUGAUAAAUGCAACAUCUUUAAAAACAUGGAGAGGAAUGACUACCAGACGCUGCGCCAGGGUAUCAUCGACAUGGUCUUAGCCACAGAAAUGACAAAGCACUUUGAGCACGUCAACAAAUUUGUCAACAUCAUCAACAAGCCCUUGGUAGCAUUAGAAGAAGAUGGGCAGGUGCCCCGUUCCCCUCCUCUGAGCAUCUUGGGGUCAGUUGGAGCCAUGAGGUCUCUCACCAGCCACUGCCUGCUGGGCAACCGCACCAGUCCUCUGUUGGAAACUGAUAAAGAUCAAGAAGCCAUAAACACCAUGCUCAGGACUCCAGAGAACCGGACUCUGAUCAAACGGAUGCUGAUCAAGUGUGCUGACGUGUCCAACCCCUGCCGGCCCCUGGAGCAGUGCAUCGAGUGGGCCGCACGCAUCUCAGAAGAGUAUUUCUCUCAGACAGACGAAGAGAAGCAACGGGACUUGCCUGUGGUGAUGCCAGUUUUUGACAGAAAUACCUGCAGCAUCCCCAAAUCCCAGAUCUCCUUCAUCGACUACUUCAUCACAGACAUGUUUGACGCCUGGGACGCCUUUGUAGACCUGCCCGAGUUAAUGCACCAUCUCGACAACAACUUUAAAUACUGGAAAGGACUGGACGACAUGAAGCUGCGGAGCCUGCGCCCGCCCCCGGAAUAGCGCGGUACCCCGUGAUCACCGGGGACUCCUGAGGGCGGCCAGCGUUCCUUUCAGUAUUAGCCAAUCAGCCCCCUGACGCACAGAGCCUGCGAGAGCACCCAGGGUCACCUUCCUGAACCACCUGAUGCCAUUGCCGUAGAGUGAGGCUUCCUUCACUCACUGCACCAGCCUGCUACCAGGGCUCCGCAGAGAGUCUCAGAGAACACGGCUUGCAUCAGCAUCCAUCUGGCCAAACCUGAGCUCGGGAGGCCCAGCCAAGGACGCUAACGGAGUUUCUGCCGGUGACAGAGAAUGUCUUGUUGCAGUUGCUCUCCAUUAUGUUCAGCACUUAGGAACAGCUAAUGGCAAUCGGAUCAUUUCCACAUCAUAGAAGGUGCAAUCACUCACUUUGGAACACUACUGAAAGUGACUUCUCUUUUAAAAUUAAAUGGCAAAUGAAAAAGACAAAUUCUGAAGUUGAUUAUUAAUAUCAAUUAUUAAAAUGUUUUAUUUAUUUUAUUAGAAGUUCACUAUUUUCUAUGAAUUUAAAAAUACUUCAAAGCCAAAGCCAACUUUAGAUACCAUGACCAAAUUUACAUGAUUCAUAGUCAUUAAAAAUACGCAUCACUUGGUGUAUAGACUUAUUUUCAUAAUGCAAAUGUAAAAUAAAUGAUACAUUUUUACUGCACUAUA